AUGGUACCUGCUAUUUGGAUACUUGUAUAUGCCACCGUCGCACUGCUUCUGAGCCACGUGGUGUGCAUGGUUGUGCUGAACGGGUUCCAGAGGCUGGUUGUGUCACAGGUACCUGUCCCUCAGCAACCAGAUCAUACUCGAGAAAAAUGGUUCUUUAUCAAUGGUAUUGCGGGAAGCCGCUUUUGGGUGCAGCAAAAUGUUGACCAGCUGUCAUAUACAUUUGGUCGAAAGAUCACGGGCAUUCAUAAUCGCACAGCCGGGGUUAUCUUUGACCUAAUUGAAUGCAUCAUUCAACGGUGCUUUUCGUACGCUACCGCAGACAUACGAGAAGCCUACCCUCUCGUCCGAGAUGCACUUCUAGAUCCUAAUUGCGACAAAGUAGUCCUUAUACUUCACAGCCAAGGUGGCAUCGAAGGUGGACUAGUAAUCGAUUGGCUUCUAGAUGCCCUUCCACAGAACCGCCUUCAUAAUCUAGAAGUAUACACAUUUGCAAGUGCAGCUAAUCACUUCAACAAUCCUCACGAAAUGCAAGAGACCAAACCAAAUGGGCAUGAUUAUUCCAACGACUCUCCACGAUCAGUUCGAUCAGUCGGAUAUAUCGAGCACUAUGCUAAUACUGCUGAUAUCGUCUCAAGGCUCGGCGUUCUCCACUAUGUCAAUAUCCCCAAUAGAUACUUGGGUCGUCUAUUUAUCCGUGCGGGCUCCGGUCAUCUAUUGAACCAACAUUAUUUGGAUGCUAUGUUUACACUUGGUCCUGGCAGAAAAGUUCUCGAAUCGAACCAGUUUAUGGAUAUGGAAGUUGAGACGAGUUCCGAAAAGCUGCCAAAGCAUGAAUGCGAGGAAACGUUGAUUCCGAUCUCGGAGUUAGAGGGCUGUGAGGAAGAGAGCAAUGUCCAGGUGCUGCGUUUGAAAGAUUUCAGUCGGCUCUGGAAAUAUCGUAAUGGACAGUCACCAUCUGAUUAG